CAUGGCUAAUGAAGUGAAAACCAGUGUGCACUUUGGUGUCUUUAGAACAGACACUGUGACCAAGUGAAACAUUCAGGUAGCUUUGGCAAAGGGCAACUGUCCAGGAUGUACCGUGGAAGGAAAGUGACGGAUCCCGUGCCAAAAGUUCGGGGAACAGAAAUUUAUGACUCCUCCCUCACAGAUCUUGCUAAAGCAUGGGAUACUGUGGGGAAGACCAGAUCUGAGCUGCGAAAACUUCAAUAUCGUCUUGGGGAGACACAGAGAGUGCCACUCGGUGUUGGUCUAAAUGAAACAGGGGAGGCAAGCAUUACUGACUAUUCGGCCUUCUCGCUGGGCACCAAUCAGACGUACAACUUGCCAAGUACAGGUCGACAGUUCCCGAGUGGGGCUACUGUCGAUAACCAGGGUUGGAGCAAGCAUGUUCGUGUUCAGAAAGCUCAGAUCCCUGGGGCACGGCAGAUAAGCCAUCUAGAAGAUAAUUUCAUGGAGCAUCCAAAUAGACAGCCAGGUCAUCAUGUGACCUCUAAAAGUGGGUCAGACAGAAGUCGUGCCCCACUUGACUUACCCAAUCGGGACCCAGGGUUUGAUAGGAACGCCCAGAGGGCAGCCAGCCCAAAAAGGGUGGAUUUCAGUAACCAGUUAGAGCUGAGGAAGAUAAACCCUGACGGAACAUAUACCGACAGCUUUGCUCUAGGGGAAGGAGCCAGUGCUUACAGUGCUUAUAAUCCCGGUUUGAACUCUGACCCAUUGUUGUCACAUGACACCCACUCAUAUAGCCAGUCAACGCUCACAGAUUCAAAGGCUUUACGAGAAACAGAAAUACGUUUUUUGAACAACCAGCGAUACAAUCCUCAGACAUUUGAGAGCCGUCCUGAUGCGUAUGACGUUCGAUGGAACAAAAUCUCCUCCAGACUGACACAUGUGGAUGUCAAUGUCCCAGGUGCCACAAACUAUCGCUCCACGGCGCGUCAAGCUCUGAACGGAGCGGCCAGUGUACCAGGAGGCGCUGUAGGCCGUGACAGGGGAGGCCACUCUGACAUUCAAAAACAUGAUGGAUACUCAUCGACGACCAGUGAAGGCAGCGAAAGUGGGAAUGGGAAAGGAAUCAAAAAACAUCUCAAGGACUUUGAUAGAGACACAGGUGCACUGGCCAAAUUGAAGGAGAAGAUAAGACAGCAACGUCUGGCUACAGCUGCAGCAUCGGCUAAAGGGGAGAAAGAUCCAGUAGCAAGGGAAGAUAACCCACUAGAGGCUGAACCUCCACCACAGAUAGGGGGAGUUGGCAGUGUGAAUGACAUCACUCAUCGUCUCCAUGGUAACAGUGAUCCAGUGGAGGCUCUGGGUGCAAUGCCGGUUUGGGAGAAUGACCGUGUUUCUGCUGCCGUGGUGCGGAAAGUGGCUGCUGGUCCACCUCCACCUGUUUAUAAGGGUUUUAAUGAAGCAGAAUCAUGGUACAAAUUGGUGAAGAGAUUGGAAGGAUCACGAAAACCCAACCGGAAGAAACCACAAAUACACAUCCAGGAGAAACGCAAGGAUGAAAACGAUGAAUUUCGCGAACCCAAGCAUCCAGACAAACCACGGAGACGAGUAGUAGCUCACAGAGACAAGCCUUCCAAACCCAAGCCUAGAGAUGUGAUAACAACCAGUUCGUGGAGAUCUGGGCAGCAAGUUAUUCUCCAGACUCUGGGACCUCGCAAAUCUUCACGGCCCAGCAAAUCUGCGGGAGCGAAAUCCUCUUCUGACACAGAUGUGGAAACAAAGGUUAAUGAGAAGGAGACAAACUCACAACGACCUGAAACACUAGGGGGCGCUGAACAGCGGAAGGACGAUGUCUCUAAGAUUCUGUCUGAGGAGGCCAGGAAGGUUCUGACUGACCUACACAUAGGUCAGGAGGAUGGCGGUAUAAUGCACGGGGCAAAGAAGGAUGGGGAAUCGGACAAGCCCAAGAAACCUGCUGUCAAGAGGAAAGCUCCUAAACCUCAAGAAGCAGAGAAACAACAGCCGGCAACAAAGUCACGACAUUACGAUGCAGAUGCCGUGCGCCAGUACAUCGCUAAGCAGAAAGAGGAGCGACUGCGGCGCAAACGAGAGGAGCAAGAGACACGUGCGCGCAUGGAGGCCGAGCGCCGCAAACAGUUGGAGGAGCUCAGCAAGAAGACUAAACCUUCUGCGAACCAACGCAAGCCGAUGAGACCGGCAACUAGCAAGUCAAAGCAGUCCAGCGAGCCCGUGGCAAAGACAGUUGCAUGGGAGGAAGGAAGCACUAAAGCUAUGCUUGUGGAGGACAAAAUAAAGCGACUGUUAGGGAGCGAAUCUGACAAGGAGAACAAAGAUGUGUUGGAACUAAGUGACAGCAGCUCUACCCUCACCAACGACGACUCGGUGGGAGACUCCACCCCUGUGGCUACCCCACGGGGAGAACAGCUGGACAGAGGGAAGGACAGUAGGCCAGGUUACAGUUUUGUUCCAGGGGAGGUAGAGACUCAGAUUGGCAGAGCAGGGCUCUAUUCCACCCACUCUCAUGACUCCCUUAGGCAGAGAGGCCCAGGUGUGGGAACUACUGAACCUCGGGGUGGCCUCCCCUUGACCUCGUCCGCUCCUCCCUCAGAUUUAGGGUUAUUUUCUGCUUCCGGUCAGUACCGAACUCGAGCAGAACGGAUCCAGGCGAUCAAGGACACGGCUGCGACUUUACAGAAUCGUCUCCAGGCGGAUGCACAGAGAUUAACCGAGUCGGGACCAACCAGACAAGCUUCCUCUCUCCCAGGGCCCUCUUCCCAGCCAUCAGCCUUGAAGCCACGCUGGGCCUCUGUGUCGGCACAGGGUGCCAGUCGAGCUCCCGAGGGAGAUGUUCAACCCACAAGGCAUGAGAGGAUAGCUGGGAUCAACGAUGACUUCACGGUGUUCAGGUCUAAUCUACCAGGUGUGGAGAGCCUUUCAAGCCACCUUCAGCGCGUGGAGCAGAACAGAGCACAGGACUCUGCUGCAACACGCAUACAGUCAGCAUACAGAGGACAGGCAGUGAGGCAAACCCUGGACUGGAAACUCCCCUCUGGGAAGUCUGUGGGUUCCAAGAUACGAGGUGCAGGCAGGGUGAGGAAGGAGAGGUAUCAGGACUCAGAUGAAAGUUCCACGUUCAGCGACAUUACAAUCACAGAUGACUCAGAAGUUGAGUCACUCGCGUCUCCUCCAAAGAAGAUAGGAUCUGGUUUAUUAGGACGAGAUUACCAUCCUGGAGAUAAAUAUCGGCAGGAAGUUUUAGAACAAAACAGGGCAGAGCGUGACCCCUUGCCUCAGACCAAGACGUGGGCAUCGGCGAUACAUUGGGACAAACCAGAGGCCGACCCUUACAGCACGCUAAACGUGUUCACUCGAAAAUACCAGCAGACUGAAAGGGAGAGGCUAAAACCAGCUGGACUGCCUGUAACUUCUGACCCGGUGAGAGAGCGGCUUCAGGCAACAGAUACUGCGUAUGAAACUCAGAGAGCAGGAGAGGUUCCUCCCCAUGGCUGGAGAAGCCCGGUUGGUUUGCGUGAGACUGUGAAAGAGGCAGAGACAAGACGGAGUGAAACAAGACAUGUUGAGACAUCAGGAAGACCCGCCAGUGCUCUAGACGUUGCCAGGACUGACGAUGUCCGAUCUCGACUGGCUUCUGCUAGCUUUCACCCGACACAAGAUAGUGAUCAUGAGGACAAGGAAGAAGACGUGACCAUAGAGGGAGAUGACUCUUACACACAGUCAUUUGACAGUGAUCAUGAUCCAGUGGCUCAGAGCUAUGGGAACCAGGUGGAAUCAGUUGUCAAAGAAACCACAAGGUCACAUGAGGUCAGGCAUGCCUUUCCUUCCUCCCGCCAGGAAGACUCCAUGGAAUCUGAUGUAUCCAGCAUGGUGGACGAAGAGUUGCCUGAUUUCUCUCAAAAGAUAUCGACUGCAAGUAGAGGAGCAGAAGACCCCAGCUCCACACAACACCCCCCUCGCUUCUCUCCAAGUGCUCUAGAGAGGAAGAUGGCAGCAGAGUUAAACCUGCUGGAGAGUAUGGAAGAAUCCAUGCGGCAGAUUACAGGGGUGGAGAGAAGUAGAGCCGUCUCAAUGGCUCAGCAAGAAACUGUGUCCCUCGCCCAGAUAUUGAAGUCACGCCAGCAAGCCCAUGAAUUAGAGAUGAAGGAACUUCAGCUCAAAGCGCGUCAGGAAACAGCAGAGGCCAGUCUUCAGCUGGAGGAGGUCAGAAAACGCGCUGCCGAGGCAGCCCAAAACGCAGCGCAGAUGAUCACCAUGGUGAGAGGAGGGGAUGCGAGCCAGUCUCUUCAUGAGUCGAGACGCAGACUGAUAGAAAGUCAGACAGAAGUGGCCAAAGCAACUGCUGAAGCAACACGGUGUUUGGCAGAAGCACGAGGCGGCGUUGUUGGCGUGGGGAGUGACAUCGGGAGAAAGGUCAAGACUAGUGGAAAGCCUGGUGUGGAAGAUAGAAAUCCAGUUCUGAGCAGCAGGUCCGUGUCAAAGUCUACGGUGACAUCGAGCUUCUCUCGAAGUUCCGAUGAGUACGACAGCAUGACCAAAUCACCAAGUAACACGCGGUCAAAGGCUCGAUCAUCAGGGAGCCUGAUAUCAGAGAAUGUGGUAACGGCCAAUGACUCCCUGGACCACCCUCUGUCCUCUAUCAGGACAGCCAGCAGUGCCGAGGCCAAAGAUGACUCCAAAUCUGAGAGUAUUGCUGAGGAUUUGUCCUACGCUAAAGGAUCUGUAGAUGAGUACUCCAUGAACUUUGACGAGUCGCUCACCGAAGAUGAGGUGGAGGAGAAGUCCUUCAGAAUGGUGUUGCCCUCAGAGAGUCACCGCCGCAAAGCCAAGCAUCAGCGCUCCCAGUCCGAUGUGUCCGUGACAUCUGAGGAUCAGUCAGUGGCUUCUGGAAAAUUUGGCGAUGACUUCAGCUCCCUGUUUAUUGGUGAAGAUUCCUUCAACAGAUUUACCACAGAAAUGGUCAGUCAAUACAUGAGGGAGGAGGAGCUAAGGGCCCAGCAUCAGGCCUCCUUAUUACAUCUGCGUGAGAAGGCACUGCGUGAGAAGACCAAGGCUGAGUUAGCCUGGCUGGAUCAGCAAAAAAAGAGGAUGAGAAACAAGGGUUCCGACGAUGCUUAUCCGCAGCUGAAGAAACGUCAGCGUGGAAUUAUUCUCAAACUGGAACAGGAACAGGCAGAAAUCAAACGGUUACAGGAGGCGAAUUUGGCAGCUUCUAAGGAAAGACAACUCAUUCUGAAACAGCAACAGGAGCUUCAACAGUUGAGAAAAAGUACCCAGAAUACGUGGGAUAAGGUACAGGGUGUGCGACCAGCCCGUGGGAAUCAGCCGUUUAGAGCUUACCACCGUCGGGAGGACGUUCAUACAGAGGAUGAAGUCAGUCUAGCUUUGGAAGAAGGGUCUGAUGCCAACAUAACCAAGAAAGAUAUUAAAUCAGAUUCAGAAAUUUAUGCGGAGCCCAAACAAAGGAAGAAAUCUGAGAGCAAAGUGAUGACAAAGUUAAAGAAUGUCCAUUUGGAUCAGAGAUACCUGACAGCCAGGGAAAAGAAACUACGCGAUCGUCGGAAAAAUGCCGAACAACUUCUGGCCUGGAAGAAAAAACUAGAUGACGAGGAGAAGAAAAUUUAUGAGCUUGAGAAACAGGCCAUUGACUUGUGGGAGGAUGGGGAGAGGAAGAGUGGAAAGAGAACCAGCAGGUCGGAGAAAGGGACAGGGAAAGACGCAGCGGAUGGGGCCAGAGAUAAAAGGGCAAACAAAGGAAAAGAAACGGAGAGAGAUAUAUCUGAGACACAGACCUCUUUGCCUGCACAGAGGAGUGAAAGCGAAAGCUCGAUUUCAGAAGCCAUCUCAAGGUCACAGGUGUCAAGGUCAGAAAUAUCAAGGUCACAAGCCUCAAGGUCGCGCACCCAAGGUGCCAAGCACCCAUCCUCUGUGGCUAAGAGAGGUGAAGGUCAGACAGAGGUCAGUGAAAGUGAAGGGAGCAUACAAGAGGAGAUCCAGUCUCAGUCCAGCAGCAACACUGAGGAAGCUUCCACGACCAAAAAGCAAGCCAGGGAGUCCGUUCACGACACCAUCCGGACUCAAUCAGUCGCAGACACUUACGGAGAUGACUCCUUUGUCUCUGCUGACUCAGUAACUCCGUCCAAGAAGAAAAGCCCGCUCCACAAGCUCCGCACCCCACCCAGUGGCCUCCUGUUUGACCCCAGUCGGUCCCCACUGUCUCCUGGGCGACCAUUUGGCUAUAAACGAGGGUCGGAGAGUGAAUCAGAGGAUUCUCUGCAUGCAGAAACGGCUUCAGACCAGAGUGAUGUGGAGGGGAGAAUUCGAGCACUGAAAGAUCAGCUUCAGUGUCGAAAACUCCAGUUUGAUCGUCUGAAAAAGGAAAGUGAGAAACAACAGAAAGAGAAGCUUAAGACGCAUGAGGAGUCCCUGAAAAAACAGAUUGAGGCAUAUGACAACUCCAUCAAACAGAUGACUGUUCAACUUCAAAAUGAACUGGAGCACGAACCUGUAAGAACUGGGAAGAAACCACAGAUUAAGCACCCCCGAGGAAGGGACUCUAAACAGAAGGCCACCCAUGAGGAGAGUUCACCCCAGAAGCCACUCCCACCUCAGCGCAGUGAGUCGGAGAGCAGCCGGUCCAGCCAAUCGUCCAGCUUUGAAGAGAGCCGAGACAGUAUCGACUCCUCUCAGACAAGUCCUACCUCUGUCACUGAAGGUGUACUGACAAGCCCCUCUGUAUACAAGAAAGAUAGUUCUGUCGGUGGGAAGAAAGGUUCUCUGUUGGAAAGCAUAUCAGAGCGAAGUGAGACGCCUCCAGCAGAGAGAGUCCGCAGGUCUUUGUUGGGGAAGGAUGAGUUGUCUAAUGUGUCAGCUUCAAAAGCAGUUGACAAAACAAGAGACAGCAAGUUCUCUGCAGAAGAAGCUGAAUUAGCCCUGCCCAUUGCUGAUGAUGACAAUGCAGUUGUUUUAGAUGCAGAGAAAAUGAUCAUUCCAGCAACAAGUGCUAGCAAAACUUUAACAUUUGACACUGUGCCUGUAAGCGCUGGCUCCAAUUUAACACCACGACAGCAGAGUUUUGCUGGCUCAGAGCUUUUGUCUGCACGAUCGGAAAUAUCAGAAUAUAUCACAGAAAAUGUGCCUUCUCAAGCCUCGGCUGUUUCAUAUUCAGACGAUGGGCUGGGUUUCAAGCCCCUGGGAGUUUUGGACACAGAAAAGCAGGUGGAGAGUAAACCAGCAGAUAUUAAUGAUGAUGCUUCCCAGGCUGCAGAAGAUGAGGCGCUGAAGUCUGACAUCUCCAAAUAUUCCUAUUCGACAACAAAAUCAGAGAAGACAUUGAGUGAGAAGUCUGAUGUAAGCUACACAGAGGACUUCUCAGAAGCAGAAACUGGAGUCUCGGAGAGAGGUAAAGUGUCUAAGUCUCUUGGCAAAGAGGAUACUGUGUUGAGUGAUGAAGAAAUCAGCGAAGAACUCUCCAUGGUGAGUGAUGUGAGUGAAAAAACAUCAUCUGCCCCACUUCUGGAUGUCCUUAAAACUGCCAACAAGGAAGGUGAGACCAAGAUGGACGAGGUGGACGAGAUGGUUGAUGAAGAGAAGAAAGCCAUUAUCCCAGACGAGGAAAAGACGCCAGUCCAGUCACCAAGAGACACCAGUGCUAAUUUGGAGGUCACUCCAGCUGCGUUGAAGGAAAUUCAGUUGGAGGAUUCGUUCGACAAACCAUCACCAAAACUUUCCCAAGAGGGUUCAAAGCUUGAUGAUGAUGAGUCGUUGGUAACUGACAGUGAGCUGGACAAGGUCAUAAGUAGCACAGCCGCUGCAGUUGAGCAGUUUGACUCCACGCCUUUCUCCUCACCGGAACAUGUGCCCAAAUCUCAGGCAGUGUCACCUGCCAGCUCGAAGAGACUUGCAGCCUCUGAGAAACUUGUGGACAGUCUCACCAACGGGUUGAUGGAAAGUGUUCUCAAAGAUUCCAUGACAGCCAUGGGCCAGAUAGCAGCCAGACGCUCUCCGUCGAAAACUCCUCCACCCACUCGUCCAAAACCAAAGCGAGACUUGGCUACAGCCCCGUCUGAUCAGCCAUCUACGUCUCCGCCUGCGGCAGGAGUUUCACCAUCAAGUCCACACCCAGAGUCCAGACAGAACGGGUCGCCAGCAGCUGAAAUGCAGACUGACUCCGUCAUGUCCAAUAUGUUGAAUGAAGCCAUUUCAGAAAUGAUAACAAUACGCAACAAACAGAGAGAACGUUCCUCGAGUCCCAAGAGUCCGGAAGACAAGAUAGCUGGUAGGACAUCACCAGUAGAUGAAACAAGUUCUCUGAACAAAGUUACUAAUGGACUUCAGCAUGAGGAUAUCUCGAUGACUGGAGGUGUCCCAAGGCCCGGCUCUCCUUUGCCAGGGGAGAAACCCAUUUUUUCUAAGGAGGACAUAUCUAAGCUGGAUGAUGAUCUGAUGAAUAUCUACGGGGUAGAGGAUGAGUAUCAUGAUGAUGACGAGUGGUUCCACCCCACUCAGGUUCCUAACAAACCUCCCCCUCCUUACCCAGGUACAGCAGAUCACCAAGCUCACAUUCCCUAUGAGAUCAGUCGCAUACUGCAGGUUGAGCAGCCUCAGUACGCAGUCCCGCACAAGAAGGAAGAUGUCUGCAGGAUCGUUGGUAAUGCCGUGGAGGUGUACUGGAUGCGACGACGGUAUGGGGAGCCUCUGGAAGGAGUGACUCCACCAGAGACGUACUUCUCUCAGGAGGACAAUGGAAUUGACAUGGACAGCACCAGCCGGCGGGCUUACAAAACUCUCUUGUUCGACCUGGCAGGGGAGAUAAUCAGGGAGGUGUACAAAGGCGAACAGGAAGAGGAAGAUGAUCCCCCACAGCCAUGGAAGAAGCCCAAGAGCAAGCAGCAGAAGUAUUACAAAGGUGCCGAGCCACCGACCACCAUGGACGUAUUGACAAAGCUAGUGCAAGACACGGCAGUCAUAAUCCUGGGGUUGAACGGAACCCCAAGGCUGGACCCCAGGCUCAACAAAUGGGGGUCGCGCAAGAAGAAAGACAAUGUGGAUAGCAUCCUCGUAGAGGAGCUACACGAAGAAGAACCCCAUUGGGUGAAUUACGACGACGACGAACUGGCCGUCAAGAUGCAAUUGACGGACACAAUCUUUGACUCACUGCUCCAGGAUACUGUUCAGACAAUGAACGGAGUCUUCCGCAAGUGGAAGAGUAGGACUCAAGAGCCUGGGUGAAAUGAUCUGUAUUUGAUUACGUGUGGUUAGAAAUCUUGUCAUUCCAUUUCAUUUGCUCUGUUGCUUUGUUCUGGGACAUUGACAAGAUCGGAUUUUGCCUUUUUCCAUCAGUGGAAGUUUACAAGGCAUGAGUGCCUAGAUGAAAAGCGAGGAAUUAUAUUUUUGUUUAUAUUUAGAUUUAUACAUUUUAUACAUGGCUGUUAAUGUAAGGAAUUAUGAAUAUGCAUAUGUAGAUAAUAAUUUAUUAUUGUUGUCACAAGGCCUUCUGUUGCAUGUUUCUGUGACCCAGGAACAUGCAGUCAUAGAUGUGUAGUGCUGUGAUGAUAGAGCUUCUGUGGAAGCGUUUUUUAGGAAAAUGAUGGCAAAUCCUUGCUUAGGACAUGCCAAAUUAUAUCUUUAGGCUUACCCCUUAUAACUUAGCCGUAGCAAGAAACAUAGUAUAGCUUAAGAGCUAAUAGAUCAGGUUCAUUCUCAGAAAUAAGUACUCUCCCCCAAGCUUAAGACAAAGAAUGCCAAGUAUUUUCAACCCCCAAGGUCUCUUGUCUCCGGUCAAGUUAAGUUAUCACUGUCUGAACAUAGACAUUACAGCUAAUUCUGUGAUGGAUAGAAGUCCUCUGGCAAGCAAGUAAACUCCAUGCUUUUUAGCGUGCUGGUGUAAUGAUACAGGCAUGUUAUGAUCCAUUUUUACACAAGGGGCCAGUUUGACAAAGUCGGGUAUGACAUUUUUUUUUAUCGUACAUUUGUCGUACGAUAUUUUGUACGUCACUAUUUCCGUACCAUUGUCCUGUAUGUGCGAUUAUCGCACCUGUACGACGUUUUUGUGAAACUUGGCUCAGAACUCUGCUGUGGCUCAGAACUCUGGCGUGGCUCAGAACUCUGCCGUGGCUCAGAACUCUGCCGUGGCUCAGAACUCUGCCGUGGCUCACUCACCAAGAUAUGAUUCAGUAACUCAUCUGACAGAAAAAGAGCAUAUUGCAGAUUUGGGUAGACACUUCCGUAAAUCUGGUAUGAUUUAACAUGAAGAUGUUCAUAGUGGGACACCAUGGUUUUGUCAAGCUCCAGUUCACCAGGCAAAGAGGACCUGUUGUUGGUUUAGACAAAAGUCUUCAUUUGAACCUUAUAACUGUGCCAUGUCUUACUAAGUAUCAGUUGGACCAAUCACUCAUUUGGACACCCAUCGUCACUGAAAUGGGACCACCUCAUAUUCAUAUAUUUGCUAAACCUCCCAGAUGUUAUCAAAAAGCAACGGGGCAUCCAUGAAGGUGCUUGGGUGAUAAUUGUUGCCCCUGCGUGUUAACAUGGACAGGUACAUGAAAACGAAAAACCUCUUAUAUCGUGAAAUUUAGAAAGUGUCCCUGAAAAAAGCUCCCAGACAUUGGAGAUCUAAGCAUCCUGAAUGAAGCUGUUGCACUUUUACCAAAAAGAUGCUAUCAGAUACAUGUAUAACUUUUUCGUGUGUACAGAAAGAGCUGAGAGAUUAAACCCUGUGACUAGGUGUGUAGAUUUUCAUGCAUUUGUUUGUCUAAGAUAUGAUCAAAUUCAUUGUGUGUCUGCAUUUACCGUGAUCUGAAGGAAAAGGUCCAAAGGCCUCAACAUUCGUUCUCGGACAAAGCUUAAACGAUCUUGCAUCGUGCUGAUUGUAUAUCCAGAAAAGCUGGAUGUGGCAGCUGAUGUUAUUUUUGGUCUCUCUUUCUAUGCGUAUACAGCACAAUGCUUAUGUGUGUCAUCCACCACCCUCAUCUCAUUCAGUAUCCGCAUUUAUACAUCUAAAGUUCCGUCCAGUGUUUUGUGAGCAGGGUUUUUUUUUCUUCAAUCUGUAUUAUUCCGCCCAAUUACAUGUAUUUUGAUUUAUGUAUUAUGAACUUUGUAAAUUGAUGUUAGGCAUUGUGGGUAAAGUACUCCCUACAAUAUGUGAAAUGAUUGUCUUAUGAAAUUGUGCAUCGCCAGUCAAGCCAAAAGUUCUCCGUGGCAAGACACUUGCUCGCCUGUAGGACACCCUUAAAAGGCUCUUAGCAGUCCACAGACAUUCACCUACAUGUAGCUUUCAUCUGCCAAGGGUGUAGUUAUUGAUGUGCCCUUGGAUAUGAUGCCAUUAGUUCACGAUCAGCUCACCAUUAGCACACCUGUAGCAGGUUCUAAGCGUUCUACACCCAUUCACCUGACCUUCAUCUGCCGAAGAUACAGUUGUUGACGUGGUCUGUGGAUAUGGUGCCUAGCGCAACUAUUCCACUGCAAACACAGGCUGUAAGCAUUUCACUACUAUUCUUCUAUUCUUCACCUUCCGAGGGUGUAUUUACAACGGUUGUCCGCUAAUGUCGUGCCUAAUGCUUCGAGCACACUUGUAACGGGCUUCUAGAAUACCACUGCCAUUCUUCUAGCCAUCAUCUGUCGAGGGUGUACUUACAGCGUUUGUCGGAUGUUGUGGGUAAUGCCACAAGCACAAUUGUAGCAGGCUUGUAGAAUACCACUGCCAUUCUUCUAGCCAUCAUCUGUCGAGGGUGCAGUUACGGCGUUUGUCGGAUCUUGUACCUAAUGCCACAAGCACAGUUGUAACAGGCUUGUAGAAUACAACAACUAUUCUUUUAGCCUAAAUCUUAAAAGGGUGUAGUUACAACGGUUGUCUGCGGAUGUGUAGUUACAAGCACAGUUAUAACAGGCAUCUACAAUACCUCUGCCAUUCUUCUGCGCUUCAUCUAGUGUGGGUGUAGCCCACAGGCGUGGUUCAGGGAUAUGAUGGUCAAUUAACUGGGAUGUUCUUACACUGAGUAUCACGCAGUCAUGCCCUACGCCAACCAAAGGCCAAACCACUGGCAGGCUAGUGGCACAUUACCGGACAGCACGUAGAGAACUUUUGGCAAGGCUUGUCCUGUGUUCAUACAAGCUUAUACCUAGUUGAAUCAUAUAUCAUACGUAUUACGAUUCCGAAAACAUCCUGUACAGUUCAGUUAAAGCAACUGUUAUGUAAUUGUUCGUUCCUCAUGACACUCUUGCAUUUAGUAUUUAAUAAAUCAAGUAAUUAAAAUACA